AUGGAUCCCUGCAAGUUCCGGCCGUCGAGCAGCUUCGACACCAAGACGACGACGACCAACGCCGGCCAGCCGGUGUGGAACGACAACGAGGCGCUCACCGUCGGCCCGCGCGGCCCGAUCUUGCUGGAGGACUACCACCUGCUGGAGAAGAUCGCCCACUUCGCGCGCGAGCGCAUCCCGGAGCGGGUGGUGCACGCGCGGGGCGCCUCCGCCAAGGGCUUCUUCGAGUGCACCCACGACGUGACGGGCUUGACCUGCGCCGACUUCCUCCGCGCGCCGGGGGCGCGCACGCCGGUCAUCGUCCGCUUUUCCACGGUGAUCCACGAGCGCGGCUCGCCGGAGACGAUCCGUGACCCGCGCGGGUUCGCCGUCAAGUUCUACACGCGCGAGGGCAACUGGGACCUGCUCGGCAACAACUUCCCCGUCUUCUUCAUCCGCGACGGCAUCAAGUUCCCCGACGUCAUCCACGCCUUCAAGCCCAACCCCAAGUCGCAUGUGCAGGAGUACUGGCGCGUCUUCGACUUCCUCUCCCACCACCCCGAGAGCCUCCACACCUUCUUCUUCCUCUUCGACGACGUCGGCAUCCCCACCGACUACCGCCACAUGGACGGCUUCGGGGUCAACACCUACACCUUCGUCUCCCGUGCCGGCAAGUCCCACUACGUCAAGUUCCACUGGCGCCCCACCUGCGGCGUCAGCUGCCUCAUGGACGACGAGGCCACGCUCGUCGGCGGCAAGAACCACAGCCACGCCACGCAGGACCUCUACGACUCCAUCGACGCCGGCAACUUCCCCGAGUGGAAGCUGUUCGUGCAGGUCAUCGACCCCGACGACGAGGACCGCUUCGACUUCGACCCGCUCGACGACACCAAGACAUGGCCCGAGGACCUCGUCCCCCUCCAGCCCGUCGGCCGCCUCGUGCUCGACCGCAACGUCGACAACUUCUUCAACGAGAACGAGCAGCUGGCCUUCGGCCCGGGGCUCGUCGUGCCCGGGAUCUACUACUCCGACGACAAGAUGCUGCAGUGCAGGGUGUUCGCCUACGCCGACACGCAGCGCUACCGCCUCGGCCCAAACUACCUGAUGCUCCCCGUCAACGCGCCCAAGUGCGGCUUCAAGAACAACCACUACGACGGCGCCAUGAACUUCAUGCACCGCGACGAGGAGGUGGACUACUACCCGUCCCGCCACGCGCCGCUCCGGCAGGCCGAGCCGGCCAGCUUCCCCGUGCCGACGAGGCCCGUCGUCGGGAAAAGGGAGAAGACGAGGAUCAAGAAGGAGAACGACUUCGUGCAGCCCGGGGAGAGGUACCGCAGCUGGGCGCCCGACCGCCAGGACAGGUUCGUGCGCCGCUUCGCCGACGCCCUCGCCCACCCCAAGGUCAGCCACGAGCUCCGCGUCAUCUGGAUCGACUUCCUCUCCAAGUGUAAUCCAGCAAAUGAAAUUAAAGUGGGUGCUUUGGAGCUUAUGAAUCCAAACGUGUUUUCGUCUUUGCCUCGGAUGAUAUUUGCUGUUCUGGAUGGAACAAGAUGA